AUGGCCAAGAAGUGGAAGGCGGCUCCGACAACCCAGCCGGGGGACGAGUCGGACGAGGAGAUCGACGUGGUCGGUGAGGGGCGCGGCCGGAGCCCCGCGCCCGCCGCCACCGCGCCGGGGCCCUCACCGCGCGACCCGGAACCCACUCUCCUCUACAAUGGUUACACCGAGGAGCAGCCUUCCACACAAUUCACCGCACAACUUCCGAACGAGGUGAGCCCGGCUCCACCCGGCCCCUCUCAGCCGGCGACUCAGCCUCUCUCCUACGCACUUCUCCACCUCUCCGCCUCCGACUCGACAGAACCGCCUUUUCUCCAAGUGCAACUCCAAUCUUCGCCUGUCUCCCCUCCUCCGCCACCGGCGAGCGGCAAGUCCAACUCACUAUGCUACUCCAGCACGGGCACCCUUCUAUCUCUACCGCCAAAGAAGAAGGACAUCUAUCGCCCAUACUGUCUUGGCGACCGCGCUUAUCUACAUCGCGCUGAAGAGGACCUAAACGCGGCGCAUGCAAUCCUCGACUUGAGUCAACAUGCGGUGUUUCUAACGACUCCUCCUCGAACUGACCCAGCUCCACCGCCAGAACCGCCGCCUGCACCGCCCGAGCCCACACAAGAACAAAAUGCGGAGCGGCCAAAAGAGACAAUCGCCUACACAUACGACGCCUUUUUCGUAAGCGACGGCCGAUCUAAGCGUCGAAAUUAUGCAAAUGCCCCAAUUGAGAGUGCCCAACAACCAGAACAAAAAUCAAAGUAUACAUGUAGCGAAUGUGGCAAACGAUAUGCAACCUCUUCCAAUCUUUCGCGACAUAAACAAACUCAUCGCAGCCUAGACUCCGUUGCGGCAAAACGCUGCGGUGAAUGCGGUAAAGCCUACGUGUCGAUGCCGGCGCUCGCCAUGCACGUGCUUACCCACCAGCUGUCGCACGUGUGCGGCGUAUGCGGCAAAUUGUUCUCGAGGCCUUGGUUGCUGCAAGGUCACCUCCGCUCUCACACAGGCGAGAAGCCGUACGGAUGCGCACAUUGCGGGAAGGCAUUCGCCGAUCGUUCCAACUUAAGAGCGCACAUGCAAACUCACUCCGCUGAUAAAAAUUUUGAAUGCCUGCGUUGUCAUAAAACUUUCGCCCUCAAGAGCUACCUCAACAAACAUCAGGAAUCCGCAUGCGUGCGCGACGACGAGUCACCACCUCCCGAAACACCCGCCCCCGUAUCCGAC